UCGACAAAUGACAGCAUGUCGCAAUGUCGGAACAACGCAAGCCGUCACCGCGUCAAACAGCUUUAUGCUUCCAUUAACCAUCGUCCAUCCCGCUACCGCAGCUUCAACAGCUUCGCCUCACCCAUGACAUAGCACCGAGAAACACCUGCUCACACCGCACCGAAUGGAAUCAGCGCAGAAUACGCCGGGCUCUUUGAGCUGGCGCCUCAGCUCGCACCCGAUUACCCUGCUGACCUUCCUCGCAUUCCGCAUCUCAUCCCUCCUAGUCUACCUCUUCGGCGUGAUCUUCACCGACAACAUGGUCCUCAUCUUCAUCAUCACCAUCCUGCUGCUCGCCGCCGACUUCUACUACCUCAAGAACAUCGCCGGCCGGCGGCUGGUCGGCCUGCGCUGGUGGAACGAGGUCGACCCCUCGUCGGGCGACAGCCGCUGGGUCUUCGAGAGCAGCGACCCGGCCACGCGCCAGAUCAACCCGACCGACAGCCGCUUCUUCUGGCUCGCCAUCUACGCCCAGCCCGUGCUGUGGGUCGCGCUCGCCAUCCUGGCCCUCGUCCGGCUUAAGUUCAUGUGGUUGCCUCUCGUCGCCAUCGCGCUCACCCUAACCAUAACCAACAGCCUCGCCUUCUCGCGCUGCGACAAGUUCAGCCAGGCCUCCAACCUCGCCGGCAGCGCCCUCUACUCCGGGAACAUCGCCGGCAACCUCGCCAGCAACAUGGUCGGCCGCAUCUUCACCUUCGGGCGCUCGUAGUGGGGGAAGAAGCGACGGGAUGCCAGCAGCAGCAGCAGCAACAUCGAACUCGACGGGGUCGAACGUCCGGUUAAGAUUGUGACUAUUGUCAAAACAAGGAAAAGGGGGUUUAACACAGAGUGACGACGAGGUAUCUUUGGGGCUAAGUUAAGGUGCAUCGGAGUAACCCUUUAGUAGCCCCUAAGGCCGCGAUGUAUUUUGUAUUCACUAUAGCAGUGCCGGUACCAGAGCCCGCUGUAAUACUAUGAUAUGUAUGGCUUAACGAAUACCGCGGCCUAACUGUGUUGAAGAUUGAUAAAAUAUGGACAUAUCAAACAUUUGAACUACGA